UCUUGAUUCAGAUGUUCGAGCGGUGAGCGGAUCGAGAGCAGCGCCAGUGCCGUCUUUAACCCUAAACAUCCACAGCUUUUCCUCCAGAGAUACUCCGGGAGAAACAUGGAGAGGAAAAGGUGGGAGUGCUCGGCUCUCCCAAAUGGUUGGAAAAGGGAAGAAGUGACCAGAAAGUCGGGCUUGUCCGCGGGGAAAAGUGAUGUCUAUUAUUUUAGUCCAACAGGGAAGAAGUUUCGGAGUAAACCACAGCUGGCCCGGUAUCUGGGGAACUCCAUGGAUCUCAGCUCCUUUGAUUUCCGCACGGGGAAGAUGAUUAUGAGCAAGCUGAAUAAGAACCGACAGCGGCUUCGGCACGAUCCCAGUCAGAGCAAGGGUAAACCGGAUCUGAACACGUCACUGCCGGUCCGACAGACGGCGUCUAUCUUCAAACAGCCCGUCACUAAGGUCACGAAUCAUCCUAGCAACAAGGUUAAGACGGACACUCAGAAAGCUGUCGAGCAGCCCAGACAGCUGUUCUGGGAGAAGAAGCUGAGUGGACUCAACACGUAUGAUAUCGCCGAGGAGCUGGUGAAGACCAUGGAUCUUCCUAAAGGAGUGCAAGGUGUGGGUCCGGGAUACACGGAUAAGACGCUGCUCUCGGCUCUAGCGAGCGCCCUGCACACCAGCUCGGCUCCCAUCACCGGUCAGCUGUCGUCCGCGGUGGAGAAGAACCCCGGGGUCUGGCUCAACACCACACAGCCUCUGUGCAAAGCCUUCAUGGUGACGGACGAAGACAUCAGGAAGCAGGAGGAUCUGGUGUACAGCGUGAGGAAGAGGCUGGAGGAAGCGCUCAUGGCAGACAUGCUCGCACACAUCGAGGAAGUCUCCACUGAGUCCAGAUCUCUGAAGGAAGAGUCCAGCGACGAGGAAACGGAGUCCGUUUAGCUGAAUGAGAUCGAUCUGGACCACGGUUUUCUUCCUCCUCAGACCCAAAGACUUGAGCUGAUCUCUAUGCAGAAACUCUCCUGCUGUGAAUCUUUGUUUUACUCUAACAUUUUAUAAAACUAAACUCACUGUUUUCCUGGCUUUUCUGUAUUUGUGUACAGUGCCUUUAAUGUUUGGCUCCAUCAUGUCCGUGAGGUUUGGGUUUGUCCACAAGUCCAGGUUGUUUUCUUUUAUUCAGGCAUCAUAAGUUAAGUUUUGCACUUGUCUUUUUUUUUAUAUAUAUAUAUAUAUAUAUAUAUAUAUAUAUUUACAAACGAAAACCAUGUUUUUAUGAACGAUUAUGGAAAUAAUCUAUUAGUACAUAUUGGUUUGCAAUGGCUGGUACAAACAAGGUGCUCGAUUCUUCCUGGUUGCUUUCUGUUUUAGCUUUUGUUACAGUGCUAUUUGAUAUAAUAUGUGUCUCUGGAUUACAAAAGCAGUCUUGAGUCUCUGGGAUAUAUUUGUAGUAAUAGCCAGCAAUACAUUGUAUGGGUCACAAUUAAUCAUUUUUCUUUUAUGCCAAAAAUCAUUAGGAUAUUAAGUAAAAAUCAUGUUCCAU